GCAGGGGAGCAUGGCUGCGUUAAAAGUUUUAACGCGAUCGCGCAAUCUUUGUUUACAUGCGCACUAAAACUUUGUGUAAACACGAAUACGUUUGUUUCAAAGUGACUUUUGAGUGAUAUAAACUUUUAAACUGUACAUAUAAGGAAUUUUAAGUGUCAAAUGAACUGUGCUACUGUGAAAUUAUGGCCAAAAAGUUAUAUGGAAUGAUUUCGUUAAAAGUUUGGAUUUGUUUGAUGGUUGUCGGUGCGCGCGCAAGGUCUGCGCCGCCCGCCCCUAGUGGCUGCCAAUGGGACUACACGAAUACAAAGUUGAGUGAAUCAAACUUUCUUACGUGUAACAUUAAAACAAUCGGUUCAGCUGAUUUAUUGUUCAAAAAUAUAACAAGAGCACAAGCCCUGAACAUCAAUAAACUAAAACUCACUUGCACCGAUCUAUUGUUUUUUGAAAGUUCUUUGCAUAUGAAUACUGGCAAUUUCUUGGGCCAACUGCGUAAACUUGAAGAUCUGCAAAUAGAUUACUGCAAAAUUCGCUACGUGCCGGCAACAGUUUUAUCGCCACUUCGUGAUUUGACUAGCCUUACAUUGCGGUCAUAUAAUACCGAUUGGCCAGCUAUGACGAUGGAAUUUCACGCCGAGAGCUUUCGAGGUUUGAUGGAACUUCGAACUUUAGACUUAGGCGAUAACAAUAUUUAUAUGUUGCCUUCAGAAGUCUUUUGCCCGCUUUUUAGUUUGGAAAUUUUGAAUUUGACGAAUAAUCGGAUCCAAGAUAUAUCCGAAAUUGGAUUCUCUGAUUGGGGCAAGGGUCCGGUUGCGCCUGGAAAGUCAUGUAAUACGGGACUGAAAAUGUUAGAUCUAUCUCAUAACAGUGUGUUAAGACUGCCUGAUAAUGGACUUUCUAGCCUGAGAUCCUUGGAGGUCUUAAAGAUACAGAAUAAUUUAAUUAAUGAGAUUGGAGAUAGAGCUUUUGUGGGAUUGAAUUCAUUAAAAAUUCUCAACUUAUCCGGAAACAAGUUGGUCGCUGUGCCGCCCGAACUAUUUCAGUCCUCGAGAGUCAUUAAAGAAAUCUCAUUAGCAAAUAAUUCACUAUCAGUGUUGGCCCCAGGCUUGUUAGAAGGACUUGAUCAACUUGAAAAAUUGGAUUUAUCAAGGAAUCGUCUUACAAAUGAUUGGGUUAAUAGAGACACUUUUGCUGGCUUAAUACGGCUUGUGAUAUUGAAUUUAUCGUACAACUCUUUAGUUCGCUUGGAUCCAAAAUCAUUUCAAGAUCUUAAUAAUUUGCAAGUUUUAAAUUUGGAUAAUAACGCGAUUGAAGUUAUCAGUAAUGGUGCCUUUUCUGAAUUAAAGAACCUACAUCAAUUAUCAAUGUCGGAUAAUAGGAUCACACAAAUAAAUGAGCAAAUAUUUUCCAAUCUCUUCGUGCUGAGUCAGUUAUACCUAGAUAAUAAUCAAAUUACUACAAUACAUGAACGAUCCUUUGAAAACAUUACCUAUUUACAAGAUUUGGGGUUGAAUGGAAAUAACAUGAAUCAUGUUCCUGACAGCAUUAAACGAUUACGCUUCUUGAAAUCCCUCGAUAUUGGCAAAAAUAACAUAACGAAGAUUUCUAAUACAUCUUUUGAGGGUCUUGAAGAACUUUAUGGAUUGCGACUUGUUGAUAACCACAUAACUAGUAUACCAAAGGAUACAUUCAGUACCUUGCCGUCAUUACAAGUUCUUAAUUUAGCCUCCAACAGAAUUGAAACAGUCGAGCAAGACGCAUUUCUGUCAAAUCCUACAUUAAAAGCUAUCCGUCUUGAUGGAAACAAAUUGACUGACAUACGAGGUGUUUUCAACAAACUUAGUACUUUGGGGUGGCUAAAUAUAUCCGAUAAUAAACUGAUUUAUUUUGACUAUAGUUAUAUGCCUGAAAGUUUGGAAUGGCUUGAUAUUCAUCAGAACAACAUUUCAAAAUUGGGUAAUGAAAAAAAUAUACAACAGAAUAUCAGAAUGCUUGAUGUAAGUCACAAUGCAUUAGAAAAUGUUGAUGAGAAGUCCGUCCCGGAUUCUAUUGAGGUUCUAUUCUUAAAUAACAACAAAAUUCACACGAUUCAUCCAGGUACAUUCAUACAAAAAAGGAACUUAGAAAAAGUUGUCUUGACGGACAAUAAACUGAGAACCGUUGAACUAUCGGCAUUCACCUUGCCUCAUAUACCAAAGCAUAGAUUGUUGCCAAAAUUAUUUAUAGGAAAUAAUCCAUUUGUAUGCAACUGUCAUAUGAUAUGGUUACAAAAAAUAAAUUUAUGGAACCACAUGAGGCAGUACCCUAGAUUUGUUGAUUUGGAAUCCGUCACUUGUGAAGUGGUAAACAAUAAGUAUGGUGGAAAAUCAAACUUAAUGGAUGUUCCUGAAACUCAGUUCCUUUGUUCUUAUGAAACCCAUUGUUCGUCUAGUUGCUUCUGUUGUGAAUUCGAAGCGUGUGACUGUAAAAUGACGUGCCCUGAGGGCUGCUCCUGUUUUCAUGAUAGUAACUGGAACUCAAACGUGAUCGAUUGCUCUAACGUUGGUUACACGGAUAUUCCCGAAAAGAUACCUAUGGACGCAACGGAACUUUAUUUAGAUGGGAAUGAUUUUAGUUCACUUGGAAGUCAUCUAUUUAUAGGAAAGAAGAAACUACAUAAAUUAUAUUUAAAUAACAGCAACAUAGCAGCUAUCGAUAAUGAUACAUUUAAUGGGCUACAUUCCUUAAAUGUUUUACAUCUCGAAAAUAAUCACAUUACCGAAAUAGCAGGGGGAGAGUUUUCUCAAACAAAGCACUUGAGAGAGUUAUACUUAAACGAUAACCUCUUGACUAGUGUGGCGAACAAGUCAUUCGAAAACUUAUCUUCACUUCGCGUUAUUCAACUGCAAGGCAACAAGAUAUUAAAUCUUGACAAGAAAUUGGUUCAUAUUACAAGUUUAGAGAGUGUUCGUCUUCAAGGAAAUUUAUUCACAUGCACCUGUGACAAUAUUCUUCCAUUAACCAGUUGGUUGAAGAAAUAUUAUGAAGAUCCAGCGGGAAUGUUAUGUGCCAGUGAAACUGACUUGUUUUCUAACUUAACGGUGUUUGAUGUAAUGGACAAGUGUCGUGAUUCAAGUGUUAUGGACAAUACAAUACCUACAGAAAACCAACCCUAUCAAUACGAUGAAAUAAGUACAAUUAAACUAAACUUUGUGCCGCUUUUAGCCGUUGUCCUUAUAAGUGUAAUUCUCAUUUUAUUGUUUGGUGCCUUAGCGUUCUCUUUUAGACAAAACGUCCGCUUAUGGGCGCAUUCUAAAUAUGGUGUUCGGUUAUUUAAAAGUGCAUCCAUACAGGAAAGUGAACUCGAUAGGGAUCGAAUGUAUGACGGAUAUGCAGUGUAUAGUUUGUUAGAUGAUGAUUUUGUUUCAAAGGUAGUAGCGCCAGAAAUGGAACACUUCGGUUAUACAAUGUGCUUUCACUAUAGGGACCUUCAAAAUGUGCCAGAAAAUUAUCUACUAGAGCAAAUCACAAAUGCUGCUGAAUCAUCAAAAAGAAUACUAAUUUUUAUAUCUUUUAAUUUUUUGCAAAACGAAUGGUCAAAAACAUCAUUCAAAGCCGCUCUAAAACAUGUUAUAACAUCCAUUCAUCCAUCCAUAAUACGUCACCGAGUAGUUUUUAUUCUCACUACAGACAUUAGUGCACUUAACUUAGAUUUAGACUUCCAAAACUAUUUAAAAACAUGUAAUGUUCUAUUAUGGGGUGAGAAAAAGUUUUGGGAGAAAAUUAGAUUUUUAAUGCCCGAUAUAUCUAACCUGCAUUGGAACAAAGACAACUUAAACUACAAUCAUGCCGCUUGCCCGAAUGCGAGGCGGCAUCCUUCAAGGUACACAGCUUCACCCACUGCGCCAGAGCUAUGGUAUAAAUACGAUGCAAUACCACCUCAAACGCCAACAACAACAAACGUGGGUAUAACUGAAGACGACACUUCAAUGCUAACAAAUACAACACUAACGAGUCAAAUUCAAGAUAUGGACAACCCACACCACAGUUAUAUUUCAAUUGACACCCAAAAUUAUGAACAGCCAUAUGGUGGCAGAGUGAGGCCACCUAACUCGUUACGUAAGCAUUCUAGCCACCAUCCGUCCUCAAUGCUCGAUGAACAAGGCUACUUACAGCCAAGAUCCUCUGUGCAUGAAUGCUUACCUCAAACCCAUUCAAGUGUACACAGAUAACGUGCUAUCUCUGUAAGAUAUUCUAAUUGGGUCGUUACAUUCCAAGCACAUGUAUUCUAUGUUGCAUCCUCAUUUCAAUGCCUUACAAUUAAUAAUUGCCGGCCAAAUCUUGUAUAAGUUCCUUAUAAUAUAAUUUAUAGUAUUUAAAUGAGACUGUAUUGUUAUAUUGUGUUGUUGUAUUAAUAUCCAUGUUAAAUAAGCCUUAUGUAUGCGAUGAAUGUAAUAUUUUAGUGUAAUAAUAUAUCCUUUAAGACUGAUCGAUACAUUGUAGAAUAUAUGAUACAGAGUUGAUAGGUUGCUGACGCCAGUAAAAGUGACUUAAGUAUUUUGAUAUGAUGUUAUAUCUCGUUGUUACCAAAUUUAUUGUAAAUAUAAAUUGUAUAAAUAUAAUAGUUACUGUUUGUAUAGUUAAACUAGUCAUUAGAUAGGUAUAUACGCUGUAUAAUAUAAUGUAUGUUCUAAUAUUGGUCACAUAGUUAAUUCAAUUAUAAAUAUAAUAACUUACUACUCAUGUCUUGUAGAUCGGUUUUUGCUUCCAGUUGUUUCUUACUAUCAAUCAAACUGUAUUCAUCAAUUGAUUAUGUGAUCAUUAACCUGAUUGUUAAAUCAAAAUAACUAUCAAAUUAAAUCGCAAUCGUUAUAAAUAAAAAAGUGUCAAA